UGCUGCAGAGCCAAACGUGCCCCUGUUGGUGCACGGACCUCUGGAAGGCCAUUGGUCGAUGGGGCAGCACAUUUGCAUAUACCGGGGCUUAAAGUCCCACAGCAAAGUCAGAGUUAAACACAGUUGUGAUUCGACCCAACAUUGCCCAGUUGCCGUAUCGUUCGCAUCAUUUAUGAUUGAUUAUUUUUGCAGCCCUUUGUAACCCUCAAACAUGGGAUUUCGCACGAUGGCAGGGAUUGGGCUGUGCGCGGUGCUCUCUUUAUUUGUAUACUCUGCUCAGUGUACAACUACGAGGUAUUUCACCUACGAAGAGGACGCACCCGGAACGGAGAUAGGCAAUCUGUCCCGAGAUUUAAAGAUUGAUCCAGCUGAUGACCCCGAGACGUCGUUCCGCUUCAUGCAAGAGAACAACUCCUCAGUUAUUGACAUGAGGGAGAUUGACGGACUUCUGAGUGUGUCGGAAAUAAUCGACAGAGAGCAGCUGUGCCCCAGGUCCCCGCGCUGCUUCGUCGCCUUCGACGUCGUGGCCUUCUCCAAAGAAAAGUUUCAACUCAUCCACGUGGAAGUGGAGGUAAAAGACAUCAACGACCACUCUCCUCGUUUCCUGCGCAACGAGACCCACCUGGAGAUAGUGGAGAACGUCCCGCUGGACUCCAGGUUCCCGCUGCAGGUUGCGCUCGACCAGGACGUCGGGGAGAACUACAUUCAGAGCUACAACAUCUCCGCCUCCAACCACUUCGCCGUCGAGGUGCGCCAUCGCGACGAUGGGGUGAAGUUUGCAGAGCUGGUGCUGGUGAGGGAGCUCGACAGGGAAGUGGAGGACCGCUUCACGAUCGAGGUCACGGCUACCGACGGAGGAGUGCCGGCCAAGUCCGGCUCAAUGCUCGUGCACGUCAGCGUGCUGGACUUUAACGACAACAGCCCGACCUUUGAACACAGCUCCCUGAAGGUUGAACUCAACGAAGACGCCCCGGUGGGUCACAGAGUCCUGAAAGUGCACGCGUUUGACCCCGACGACGGGGUCAACGGCGAAGUGACGUACGCGUUCGCCGACGGGCUCCCGGCAGAAGUUGGUCGCCUCUUCCACGUUGACCCUUACUCCGGCGACGUGACCCUGAAGGCGCUGGUGGAUUUUGAGAAAAGGAGGUCGUACGAGCUGUACGUCGAAGCCUCGGAUCUGGGCACAAACUCCGUCCCAUCCAGCUGCAGGAUCGUGGUGGACGUCGUGGAUGUGAACGACAACGCCCCCGAAAUCAGCAUCAAGCCAAUGACUUCCAGCAGUGAUGGAGUUGCCUACAUCACAGAAGCUGCGGCCGCGGAGAGCUUUGUGGCUCUGAUCAGCACCUCGGACAGAGACUCCGGCUCCAACGGGUACGUGCGCAUCAGCCUGCUCGGGCACGAGCAUUUCACCCUACAGCAGGCAUACGGGGACUCCUUCAUGAUUAUUACCAGCACUACUUUAGACAGAGAGAAAAUCCCAGAGUACAAUUUGACUGUGAUUGCGGAGGACGUGGGGAGCCCGCCAUUCAAAACCGUCAGGCAGUACACCAUCCGCGUGACAGACGAGAACGACAACCCCCCCCUCUUCAGCAAGUCCCUCUUCGAAGUUUCAGUCCUUGAAAACAACAUCCCGGGUUCGUAUGUGACCACUGUGGUCGCUCGCGAUCCCGAUGUGGGAAAGAACGCCAAAGUGUCUUACAAACUCAUAGAUUCAGAGUUGCCAGGAGGAUCCCCGUUGUCCACUUAUGUGUCUGUGGAUUCAGUCUCGGGGUCGUUGUACACUUUGAGGUCUUUUGAUCAUGAGACUCUUCAGCAGAUUGAGCUGGUCAUCCAAGCCGAAGACAGAGGCUCCCCCCCUCUCUCAAGCACGUCAACAAUCAGAAUCAAAGUUGUGGAUCUGAAUGACAAUUAUCCAUACUUCACCUUCCCCGUCCUUGUGAACGACUCUGCGGACAUCCCCCUGCCUUUUAAUGCGCCCGCCGGGUAUCUUGCGCUCCGCGUCUCGGCUGAAGACGAGGACGAGGGAGUGAAUGGCGAGCUCUACUACGAAAUUGUUCAAGGUGACCCGCGGCUCUUCGCGAUGAACAAAGACACGGGAGAAAUUGCUUUGAAGCAGUGGCUGACAUCUGAAAUGGGGGACGUGCUGGAAAUGAGAAUCGCCGUGAGUGACGGCGGCAGAUCCCCGCUGGGCAGCAGUGCCACCAUUAGGUUCGUUGUCUCAGACACGCAGCCCUCCGAAGACCAAGUCGUGGUGGUGCUGCGGUCAGGCGACGAAGGAGGCUCCGGCUUGGAUGGCUCGCUAAUUGUCAUUGUUAUGCUCAGUGGGGGCUGCGCGUUGCUGCUGAUCGCCAUAACGGCCGUGGUCGUGACAUGCAAGCUCAGCCGCGGGGGGAGAAGCCGUGGCUCCAAGAGAGAAGUGUGUCACGGCCUGUUCGACAGGAGGCCCAGCGGCCCAGCGGAACCGAACAUAUACACCGGGCAACGGGGCUUCUUCCACGAGAGGACCUCCUCGUCCCUGGAGGAUUCCUGCCUGUAUGGGGAGAGGAGUGGGGACUCAGAGAAAAAGAUGUUCCUACCCUCCAAGCCUUUCCAGCCAACAUCUGUGUGGCAAGGUGACAAAUACUGCUUGCAAGUGAGCGGUAUCGGCAUCAGCGACCAGCUGAGCGUAAAGGACAGCGGCAAAGGGGACAGUGACUUCAAUGACAGCGACUCUGACUUCAGUGGCGACGGCGGCAAAAAGAACUUCAGCACUUUCCAGCCGAGGAUUAAGUGUUCAUCCAGCACUGCCAACAGCUUUUCUGGGGAUUGCCAAAGCACGUACUGGUCAGCACCGCAGCAGAGCGUCACAGGCCCCACAGACAGCGCAUAUACCGUAGGAUAUGCCCCAGUGCCCGUCUUCAACCAUCCUCACGGCUACCCUCACCUUUGGAAGGACUCUUGCUAUGGCACAAAUCUCCCAAAAGCGAGGAGCAGCAUGCAGACCUUCUCAAAGACGGGGACCCUCCCAUCUUACUUUCCCCAGCAGCAGCGUGAGGGGUGUGGUGGGGGGGCUGGAAUCUACAACCACAGUCCAGCUAUAGUCACAGUGGCCACGGCAUCAGAGGUGGCCACUAUCUUUUAAAAUCUGUGUUGAUAAGGUAUGUGAGAUGUAGUAUACCUUGACCAUGUAAAUAUUUGUGAAAUCUGGUUGU